AUGGCGAAGCAACACUAUGCAACCAGCAGCCUUGUGAUAGGCUAUGCCUUGUGCUCGAGCUUGCUGGCGAUCAUUAACAAGUAUGCCGUCACAAAGUUCAAUUACCCUGGCCUCCUGACAACGCUACAGUACUUGACAUCUGCUGCUGGUGUUUGGGCCCUUGGAAAGCUAGGUUUUCUCUGCCAUGACCCCUUCAACCUGGAGACUGCCAAGAAAUUUGCACCGGCUGCUAUUGUCUUCUACCUCGCCAUAUUUACAAACACAAACCUCCUUGUUCAUGCCAAUGUGGACACGUUCAUAGUUUUCAGAUCCUUGACUCCGCUUUUGGUUGCUAUUGCUGACACAACCUUCCGGAAGCAACCAUGCCCUUCCAAGCUCACAUUUUCAUCCCUUGUUAUCAUAUUGGGAGGAGCGGUUGGCUAUGUGAUUACAGAUUCUGCAUUCAGCCUCACAGCAUACUCUUGGGCGCUUGCCUAUCUGGUGACAAUAACAGCUGAGAUGGUGUACAUCAAGCAUAUUGUGACGAAUCUGGGUCUAAACACAUGGGGUUUUGUGCUGUAUAACAACCUUCUUUCCUUGAUGAUAUCCCCCAUCUUUUGGUUUUUGACAGGGGAGCACAAGUCGGUCUUCUCAGCAGUCGAAUCACGUGUUGAGGGUUGGUUCCAGCUCGAUGCCUUUGUCGCGGUGGCAUUGUCAUGCUUGUUUGGGUUACUCAUCAGCUUCUUUGGCUUUGCGGCUAGGAAAGCAAUCUCAGCCACGGCAUUCACGGUGACUGGGGUUGUGAACAAGUUCCUCACAGUGGCAAUCAAUGUGACGAUCUGGGACAAGCACGCCAGUGCAUUUGGUUUGGUUAGCCUGCUAUUCACUCUUGCUGGUGGAGUACUCUAUCAGCAAUCAGUUACUGCAAAAGGAAAUAUUGCAUCAGCUCAGCGUGAAACGGCAUCGGAGCAACUUAAGGAUGAAAGUGACGGUGCUGAGUAUGAUGAGGAGAAACAGAAGCUUAUUUCAUCUGGAGUGCCUAGUGCAUGA